AUGAGCACUCCCGGGGACUAUGAGGCUGUCCGCAAGGACAUCAUUGCCCAGUUGCAGAAGCCCGGCUAUGAUGAUGGUAGUGCUGGACCAGUCUUUGUGCGGCUAGCAUGGCACUCCUCAGGUACAUACGAUCUCGAUUCCGACACCGGUGGUUCAAACGGCGCUGGGAUGCGGUAUGAAGCGGAGGGCGGCGACCCGGCCAACGCGGGUCUGCAACACGGACGGGCUUUCCUAGAGCCUGUCAAGGAGAAACACCCAUGGAUCACAUACUCAGACUUAUGGACACUAGCCGGUGUAGUUGCGAUCAAGGAGUUGGGUGGACCCGAGGUUCCCUGGCAGGGCGGACGGACAGAUCUGGUGGAUGACUCCAAGGUACCACCACGGGGUCGAUUACCAGAUGGUGCACUGGGUGCUGAGCACUUGCGGUUCAUCUUCUACCGCAUGGGCUUCAACGACCAGGAAAUUGUGGCAUUGUCUGGGGGACAUAACAUGGGCCGGUGCCACGGGGACCGCAGCGGAUUUGAGGGACCGUGGGUGACGAACCCGACUCGCUUUUCCAAUUCGUUCUUCAAAUUGUUACUACAGCUUGAGUGGAAGCCUCGUCAGUUGGCAUCAGGGAUCAACCAGUUUGUAUACGAGGACCCGGAUGCUGAAGAGGGUGAGGAAUCACUCAUGAUGCUACCCACAGAUAUGUCUCUGAAGACCGACCCUAGCUUUGCCCCGUGGGUGAAGAAAUAUGCAGAAGACAAGGACUUGUUCUUUAAGCACUUUUCUCAGGUCUUUGCCAAAUUGAUCGAGCUAGGUAUCAAUCGGGAUGCUCAAGGUGUGAUCACGAAUAGCGAUAAUCGGAUGGGUGGUUACAUCUCUGCUCCUAAAAAGAGCAAUGUUGCCUUGGGCCCAAGCAAGUCCAAGGAGCCCCGAGCUCGGCUGUAG